UUAAAGGCUGAUGAACCCAUGCUGUGUUAGAAGUCAGAUCCUGUUUGUCUACAAAUUUUAUUCUUUAACGGAGCACUUUUAAAAAUCCUCUCGUUACCCCGAGCUCCUAGGGGAGGAGACGGGGCUCCCGCAGUGUCGCGGCGCGAGGUCGCGGUGAGACGCCGGCUCUCGCUGCAGGUCUGGGCGGGGGUUCCCAGGGGCCUCCGCGGGCUCUGCUCCUGCCGCCCCAGGCGCGCCCGAGAGCGCUGGUCUUAGAGCACCCUCGCCUGACUUGUCCUUCGGGCUGCCGCUCCUUUCCUCUUUCUCAUCCCCGCCGCGUCUAACAAGCGGAGGGAGGCGUUCACCCGUUCCAGCUCCCGCUCCCCGCGUUCUGUCCACCAGGCUCCGAGUCGCCCCCACUCCGGCGAGGGGAGCUGCUCCGUCCACCCAUGGCUUGGAUGUCUCGUCAGGUUUGAACUUACUGAGGCAGCUGCGCGUGGAACUGCACAGACGCCGCAGCACCUAGCCCUUGGCUGAGGCUAAGUGUGCUACAGCCGUUAGAUGAUUAGUUAAAUUAGAAAAAAAAUCUUUAAAGCAUCAGAAGAGUGGAGAUUUGAGAACAGCCCCGGCAAAGCUUCCAACUACUUUGCCACAAUAUUUUUUUCUAAAUUUGCUGUAUUGUUUUUCAAUAAUUAGAUUCUGUGGUUAUGACAGAAAAAAAUGCUUUAGUCAUUUCAAUAAGGAUUCUUUUUUAAGAGUUAUUUUAUUUUAGCAAAAAGGUGAUAAGCCCACCUUUCCUCCCCGCAGCGAUGGCUUAUUUAACCAAGUCACAAUUUAUUGUGCCCAUUUACACUGCAAAUGCUAGAAUAAUUUUUUUUUAAUGUUCACUUAUAGCUGGGUUUGUUUUCCUGGGGAGGAAUGCAGUAAGUAAUAUCGGACCGCUUACUGUGUGUCAAGUAUUUUAAUCUUUAAAACAAUUCUUUAGUGGUUAAAGAAUAGGGGGCUUUGGUGUGGGACAGUCCUGGAUUCAAGUCCCAGCUUUAUCACUCGCUAAUUAUGUGGCCAUGGGCAAAUUUCUUAACUUCCCUAAGCCUCCAACUUCUUACCUAGAAAAUAAGGAUACAAUAGUACCCACCUUAUAGAAAUGUUUUGAGAAUUAAAUGAGAUAAUACAUGUAAAACUUUUAGAAUAGUGUCUGGCACAUACUAAGUGCUUGGUGUGAAGCAGUUCUAAAGAAGUUAAGGCUUACAUGCCUGCCCUGAAUUGCCAGUGGGUAUUGCUAUUAGAUUUUUCAUAUAGGCAGAUGAAUCCCUAUACUACUACUUCUAUUGUAUGAUUCUGUGAACACCCACCCUGUCACUCUUUAUAUUACCCCUAGAGAGAAGAAAUUAUUUUAGAUGCCUAUACAUUAGCUGUGGUCUACUUACCAAAAAAAAAAAAAAUCCUAGGCAUCCUAUUCAAGUGUGAAUUCUGGUAUGAUUUUUUUUCAUGGUGGUGGAGUCCAUGUAAAAACUCAGUAAAGGAUCUUGCCGUAUGAGCAUAGUUUCUCGUAGUUCCCCCUCCUUCCUUAUCUCUUGCCCUUCCCUGAAAUGGCCCAUAUUUUAAUUUGCCUUUCAUUCUUUCCCUCUUGCUUGCCAUCGAACCCCUAAUUCUCUUGUUAUAUCUAAAUGAAGAGCAAAAUUUAAAAGCUACCUCAAGGUGCAAUUUGACCAAGAAGGUAGCAUUAAUAGCUUCUCUCCUUAAGCUCCUUCUCCAUAACUCCUGCCAGUGUUUGCUCGUUAACCUCAAUGAAUCUCUAUUUUGGGAAUUUCAGGUAUUUCCUUCUCUUUCUGUUUUCUCCAAUUUUAUAGGAAACAUCCCAACACAUACAUAAGGGUUUAGUGAAACAGUGUAAAGCUAUACUGUGAGCAUGAUAUUUAUUUUUUGAUUCAUAGAAAAUUUGCAUCCUAUUUCAUGAUAUAUCCAUGGUUGUUUUAGCAUAACAACACUAUUUUAAGUUACUUAACAUUGAGUAAAUCUUACCUCCUGGUAGAUAUUCCACAGUUAUUCUAUAUUCUGAUACAUUCCAACCCAAGCGUAACCCACACACACACACCCCUCCCUCCCCAAUUUGAGAAGCCUGACUAUUUAGUUUUUUCCAUCUAGAUUGUAAGGCUGCUCUUGCUUCAGGAAAAAAGAUGCAGAUGAGGCCUCCAGCUGUCUCCCAGAUGAGGAAUCUUGGGAAACCAAAAUGAGGCAUAAUCAGCUGUGUUGUGAGACACCACCUACUGUCACUGUUCAUGUAAAAUCAGGGUCAAAUAGAUCACAUCAGCCUAAAAAAACUGUUAAUCUGAAGCGUCCUAUUUUUAAAGAUAGUUGGCCAGCAUCUGAAAAAAAUGCACAUAAUAGCAAAAAGUCUAAACGCCCCAAAGGACCCUGUCUAGUUAUACAGCGUCAGGAAAUGACUGCUUUCUUUAAAUUAUUUGAUGAUGAUUUAAUUCAAGAUUUCUUGUGGAUGGACUGCUGCUGUAAGAUUGCAGACAAGUAUCUUUUGGCUAUGACCUUUGUUUAUUUCAAGAGGGCUAAAUUUACUAUAAAUGAGCAUACCAGGAUAAAUUUCUUUACUGCUCUGUAUCUGGCUAAUACAGUUGAAGAAGAUGAAGAAGAAUCCAAAUAUGAAAUUUUUCCAUGGGCUUUAGGGAAAAACUGGAGAAAAUUGUUCCCUAAUUUCUUAAAGUUAAGGGACCAACUCUGGGAUAGAAUUGACUAUAGGGCUAUUGUAAGCAGGCGAUGCUGUGAGGAGGUUAUGGCCAUUGCUCCAACCCAUUAUAUAUGGCAACGAGAACGCUCUGUGCAUCACAGUGGAGCUGUUAGAAACUACAACAGAGAUGAAAUUCAACUGCCCCGGGGACCUAGUGCCACACCGGUGGAUUGUUCACUCUGUGGUAAAAAAGGAAGAUAUGUUAGACUGGGAUUGUCUUCAUCAUCUUCAUCCAGUGAUACAGUAGAGGUGAUGGAUAAACAUUCUCAGGACUCACACAACUCAUUCUCAAUGGACAUGGUAGUUGAUACUUCUCAAGCUUAUAGCUGUUCUCAAGCCAAUGACCAUCAAUCAAACAAAGAAAAGAAAACUAAUUUCAUGGAGAAAGAUAAAUCUAUGGAGUGGUUUACAGGAAGUGAAGAAUGAGAUGGCUCAACUAAACCAAUGUGGAAUCAUUAAGUACUAACUGCAAGACAAGUGUCCAAAUGGGACAUUUAAGUAGUUUUGAAAUGUUAAACAUCUUUCUUUAACUUUUGUUAUUUUUCAAAAUUAUAUGUAAAAGUUAUACAAAUCAUAAUAAGAGCUGAAAAUACCAA